CCUUCACCUCUCAACUUCCAUCCUUCGCAAUGCCUCUUUCCGGCCUCGACUACGCUCUCGCUGGUGCGGGCACCUUCCUCGCCUACAAGUAUGCGACCCGCCCGGAUCCCCGCCCGCUCCCGCCAGGCCCGAAGGGCCUCCCUCUCAUUGGCAACAUGCUCGAUCUUCCCCAGAGCCACGCCUGGAAGACAUUCGCGAAGUGGGGCGAGGAGUACGGCCCGAUUUGCUCUAUCAACGUCCUUGGCACGCGCUUGGUCAUCAUUAACGACCCCGAUGUCGCAGUCGACCUCCUUGACAAGCGCGCGAAGAACACCUCUGACCGCCCGUCCUUCCACAUGGCCGAUUUGAUCGGCUGGGACCGCACCAUCUCCAACCUCCGCUCCGAGAGUACCCACAAGGAGUACCGCAAGCUCGUCGGCCGUGUCAUCGGCACCCGUGGCCACGUCCACAAGUUCGACCGCACGUCUGAGCUCCAGGCGACUCUCUUCCUCCGUCGCCUCCUUGAGAACCACAACGACCCCGAGACGGCCAUCCGUACGACGGCGUUGUCGGUCGUUCUUGCUUUGGUCUAUGGCUACAAGAUCCAGGAGAAGGAUGAUCCUUUCGUCAAGAUCGCCGACCAGGUCAUGGCCGAGUUCGGUGACGUUACGCGCCCAGGCGCCUACAUGGUGGACGUUUUCCCUGCGUUGAAACACGUCCCUGCUUGGUUCCCAGGCGCGGGCUUCCAGAAGAAGGCUGCUGAAUACAGACAGACUCUUGAGACCUUCGCCGAGAUGCCCUGGCAGAUCGUCCGGAAGUCGGUGGAGGCUGGCGAGGACAACAACUCGUACGCUGCCAACUUGCUCCGUGAGGGUGAUCUCUCGGAGAAGCGCCUGCACGAGAUCAAGUGGUCCGCGAGCUCCUUCUACGCCGCCGGCUCGGAUACGACCGUGUCCAUCAUCCUCAACUACUUCAUCGCCGCAUGCAAGUACCCAGAGGUGCAGAAGAAGGCCCAGGCUGAGAUCGACCGCGUCGUCGGCACCGACCGCCUCCCCUCCAUCACCGACCGCGCGAACCUGCCCUACGUCGAGGCGCUCGUCACCGAGCUCUACCGCUGGCUCCCCGUCGCGCCGCUUGCGCUUCCGCAUCGCGCCGUCAACGACGACGUCUACAACGGCAUGCUCAUCCCCAAGGACGCGACGAUUUUCGCGAACGUGUGGAGCUUCUUCCACAACCCGGCCAUCUACAAGGAGCCGUUCGAGUUCAACCCGGAGCGCUACCUGGGUGAGACCCCCGAGCGCGACCCGCGUGACAUUGGUGUCUUCGGCUUCGGCCGUCGCUCGUGCCCGGGUGAGCACCUCGCGGACGUGUCCGUCUGGAUCUCGGUCACCAAGGCCAUCGCGGCGUUCAACGUUGAGAAGGCUUUGGACGAGCAGGGCAACCCCAUUGAGCCGGUCGCUGAGGGUAUGGACGGCAUCAUCUCGCGCCCGCUGCCCUUCCCCUGCGUCGCCAAGCCCCGCUCCGAGCAGUACCUCCACAUCAUUGACGAGGACAUCGCGCGCUUGAGCUAAAUGCCUCGCGCUGUCGUCUACAUCGUCCCUGAUCUCACACUCCGCCGUCGAGCCCACACUACACAUGCUCGUCGAGCUCACAUACUACGCCGUUGAGCUAUCACACUUCCGCCGCCGCUGAGCUGGUCGCGCCGGGCAUUCCUCGUCUCGUCUCAUUUCUCAUCUGUUUCUCAUACACAUGUUCACCUGUUAUAUCUGUCUCGCACGUUCAUUCACACUCGUCACUCCUUAAAAACGACGCUCCCUGGACUGUUUCUACCGUUUUGGAUCUCUCUUAGUUCAUUUCUGCUCCUCCCUAGACUGCAAUUGAAUGGAUUCAGAAAACCAUUCU